AUGGCCGGCUUGGAUGUUGAUUCGGUUUUGAGACACAUCGGCCAAUUCGGUCCUUAUCAGAUUCGCAUCUUAGCUCUGUUCACGUUCAUCUUCUUCCCCAUCACAUAUCAAACGCUGAUCAUGGUGUUUGUGGCGUACGAGCCUCCUUGGAUGUGUGCUAAGCACAGCGUGACAUGUUUGGAAUCAAAUAACUCAUCGCCUAACAGCUCUUCAGUUGAGAGUGCUGUUUACAGCACAUCUACCAAACCCAAACAGCUUUAUGAAAGAAGAUGUUCUUUGAAGAGAAGCGACUGGAAGUUUGCUGAGUACGAUCUCUAUGAAGGACCACAUGAGACUAUUGUAACCGAGGUAAAAACAAGAUUUGUUGUUACAAUGAAAUUGAUGCUGUAAGCAGAAUUCGGGAGGGAAAGUAAGAAGACUUGUAAUCGUAUGUCACCGCGGCCUUACACCCAGUUUCAGACAAAGUCUUUUCAUUUCACUACCCCGCUGGAGACGAAAAUCCGUUCUGGAUUGCACCUUAUUAGCCUCUUAGCCACCUCUAAAAUAUCUGGGAGGAAUAUCUAGAAUUAACUGAAAUAUUUAGCAGUACUUCGCAACGCCACCAACAUUCACACCUCAUUCAAGGCUUCUGAUCUGAAAAGGCACCCUACUCCUGACGAUAAAUUGUAAACUUGUUUCAAAGCCAUAUCUUAGAUCCAAGAUCCAUAAAUCCCAUCGCACCUCUGGGGCACCACCCUGUUGAAGCCUGGUCAUGGAAUACUCCCCCCUGACGGAGAUAUGUUACGUUAUAGAUAACAGAUGAUUUCGUAAGGAAAUACGUCACGACACUUUUUUUAUUUCGGGGUCGUUGAAAAUUGUCUUAUAUAUAUUGUAUAUAUUAAGCAGCAAUUAUUUAGUGAAACCUUGCACAAGCAUACAGCUACUGGACCUUUGCCUGCUGGAAGCGUGUUCUUCUAAUACAUGCUCUAAGGGAUUACGGUCCGAGACGGCGUCAUGUAGUGCAUAUAUAUACAGUAUUCUCAACUUGGUGCAAAUCAUUCUCGGAUACUUCUCCGUGGACAUUUUUGGUUCCAAGAAUCGACUGUCGUUGUUUGGAUCCCACGAUCUAAACUUUAAUCUAAGCGAAGCGGUGAUUCUCUGAUGUUCCCCACCCGCCUACGAUAUACGAAGACUUGGACUCUGCGAGGAACAAAAUGCUUAGUACUUGUUGCCAAACUGAACUAAUUUCCCUCAAACACGCUUUUUCUUUACACACACUAGAGAUAGUUGUGGAAGAAGACUAGAUGCACAUAUCUGCCGACCGACCGCUAAACGGCCUGCAUUGUACGAGCGUGCACCCGUAAUGGCAUGUUAAACAUGCAAUUAGUUUCGUACCUAGACCUUUCACGGCCAAUCGGCUGUAAGUAACGCCACACGAUAGGAUCUGCAAACGACUGAUUAACAUACAAUAACGUGAACCGCAUAUGGUAGAUUAUUCCUAAAAUCUAACAACGUUCAUCAAACCGCCGUUUUUUGUUUGUUUGUUUGUUUGUUUGUUUGUUUUUUUAGUUUGACUUGGUGUGUAGCCGUGGGAUGCUGGGGUGGCUCGCAAAUUCCAUGCUGUUCAUUGGCUGGGCAGUCGGUGCCAUCGUGUUAGGUUUCAUCGCCGACCGAUAUGGCCGAAAAAGUGUCCUGUUCCCUUCCGUGUUAAUAGUGCUGCUGGUGACGUUUGCUAUGGCGUUUGCUAAGGCGUUCUGGAUCAUUGCUGUUUGCCGAGUAAUUAUCGGGUUUUUCGAGGCUGGUUGUUUUCUGUCAAUGUUCGUAUUGGCCACCGAACUGGUUGGGCCUGAGAGGAGAGCACUAGCUGGGACCCUUGUUUGGUUCUACUUCACCGCAGCCCUAAUGAUUUUGGGACUGAAGGCCUUUUUUAUUCGUAAAUGGAGAACACUACUCAUUGUAUCAUCAGCACCGUGGAUUUUCAUCCUCGUAUUCUGGAAGUAAGUUAAAAAUAUUUGUCGCUUAAAAUUUAGAAGCGAUCAAUAUAUAACGUCUCUUCACAGUAUCAAUUCAAUAUCCAGUGAGUGGGUAAUGAGAAUAAACAAACCCAUCAGGUCUACGGUGUUUUCUUGAUAUAAUAUAUACCUCUUUCCUUUGUGAUUAAAAGAAAAAUUGUUAUAAUUAAAUUUUUACGACUAACGGUUAGAAAUUUUCAAUUUCUACGCCUAACAGCUAAUUUUUUAGCCGUUUUAUGGCUGACGGUUAACCUCAUUGAGACCCUUUGAGAAACCCGCGGGUGGGUUUGGUGUGGCGUCUGACUGGUUUAAGAAGCAAAGCUUGUAAUCUGAUGGUCCCUGCUUUAAAUCCUCCCUCUUGCACUUAUUGGAAUUGUUCUCUGUAAAAAGUUCAACUCUUUAAAUGGCCAAAUGGUCUGCCCACUUUCAAUUAGGAUUUUCACACUUACGUGCAAUUUUACAUUCGAUACUCGAUAUAAACCCUCACUAGGUGUUUUAAUCACCAAACGUACUUCUCUUACCUCAAAGGUUCAUUCCCGAAUCGGUGAGGUGGCUUCUUGUUAAGGGAAAAAAAGAGGAAGCUCGAGAAAUUUUGUCUAAUGUCGCCAAAGUGAACAAGAAGGAGAUGCCAAGCGAAGAACUGCGUGUCCCAGUAACCACCGCGAGCAAGGGUAUCUUUGGGCUGUUUAAGACAUGGAAUAUGGCAAAGUUGUCUUUGAUCCAGUGUUAUGCUUGGUUAGUUAUGAACAAAGCCUCUUCCCUAAACGUCUCCUCUUCCCACCCCCUCCUCCCCCCUUCAACCCCAAGGUGAGGAAAAGAGUGCUCAUAGUUGGAAUUCCCACUCCUCCCCCUUCCCCCUUCAACCCUAGGGUGAAGAAUAGAGUGCUAGGAGUUGAAAUUCUCACCCCUCUCCCCCCUCCCUCCAUGGUGAGGAAUAGAGUGCUCGGAGACGGAAUUCCCACUCCCCUCACCCUACCUCCUUAAACCCCAGGGAGAGGAAUAGAGUGCUCGGAAUUGGAAUUCCCACUCCUCCCCCCUACCCCCUUCAACCCCAGGGUAAGGAAUAAGAACGCUUGGAGUCGGAAUUCCCACUCCUCCCCCCUUCCCCUUCAACCCCAGGGUGAGGAAUAGAGUGCUCGGAGCUGGAAUUCUCACUUUCUCCCCCCUUCCCCUUACGCCCUUCCACCCGAGGUGAGGAACAGAGUGCUCGGAGUUAGAAUUCCCCGCCCCUCUCCCCGCUUCAAUCCCAGGGUAUGUGACAGACGGCUCAGAGGCGGAAAAAAACUUAGGAACGUGGUUGGUUGUACAUAUCAAGACUAACUUUUUUAAGUUCUUCAUUUGGAAUCUGAGAUGAUCUUUUCUAUCCUAGAUAUGCUCGUUGCCUCUUGGCGUAUAAUAACCAUUUUAUGUUUUUCCAUCUCACAGAACCAAUAUUUGAUGGUUUUGUUUAAGCUUGGGAAAUUAACACUAUUGGGAAAGAUCUGCUCAAAGUUCGUUUUCAACCUCCAUAUUAUUCUUCAAAUUUGGAAGAGUCAGCAUUUUUUGAAGACCUGUCACAGUCUUAUCGACUCAUCUUCUAUUCCGUUGAAAGUUUUUUUUCUCCCCUAAAUGUUUUGUUCAGGUUCGUGAACGGCAUGGUGUAUUACGGGCUGUCACUGAGUUCAGGAGAAUUUGGAGGAAGUAUCUAUUUGAAUUUUGUUCUGACGAGUUUGGUAGAAAUCCCUGGAAAUAUACUGGUUAUUCACAAUUGUAACAGGUACUAGGACGGUUUAGUAAUAAUGAACAGAAUUUUUGAGAACAAGUAGGUCAAACUUCUGCGCAUGAUCGAACUUUGAGGCACCCUGUCAUCGUGUUCCUGUCAGGUGGUAGAUCAACAAAAUGGCUGUGAUAAAAGCUUUUUGUUAGAAUAGUCUUGAAUUUUUUUCUUCUGCCUUUGUUCGUCAGUCCUCUCUCAGAUUUCUUUAAAUGCUGAUCGACAGCUAAUGCCUCUUUUGUUUUUGUUUAGUAUUUUGUGCUAAAUCUUGUUCUGAAGCCGCCCAAAACUGAUCCUCUUGUGCUUGAUUAUUCUAUGGAUGACCGACGUUUGACCGCUCAGUCACUUUAAAAAGAUUGAUUUGAUAACCAGCCGCUGCUCGGCAAUUGAGCCCACACUCGUUCCCCGAAGACUCUUUAUUCGAGGAGGAAGAGACUCCGGAAUGGGCUGGGGAGAGCCAAAUCGAGUCUAUUGACAAGAAUUCUUCCAACUUUUUUUCUCACUAGAUAGGAGAGAUCUUUUAAAACUAAUUUGUUCUUUUUCCAGGUUUGGUCGUCGAAAAACGUUGGUAGCUUACAUGGUUCUUGCAGGAGUCACUGUGGUAGCUGUUUCCUUGAUCCCAAAUGGCACUAACAACACAGGUAUUUGAGACCUGAGGAUAUAUUUUAUACUGAUAUCAGUUCAAAUUUCUCGUGAAUUUUCACCAACCAUUUAGUUCUUUCCAGGUUACAUCGCUGGUCGAGUGACGCUUGGCACUCUGGGUAAACUCUGUAUUACUACGUCUUUCAACGCUAUUUACGUUUUCUCGGCUGAACUUUUCCCAACGAUUGUCAGGUGAGAUUUACAAUAAAAUUGGAUAAAGGUUAAGCGAUCUAGCCCCUACAUGUGAUUGACUUAUAACCUCUUCGAACAAAAUUCAUACAUUAUCCACUGAACUUGUUAAGAGAGCAGAAAAACUUAUCAGCUGUAUGUGAGGCAGUUGGAAGAGUCUCUUUGUUCCAGGCUCUCAGUCAGCGGAAACGAGCUAAAUGUGGGCACACGAAAAAUGGACCUCGCGAAAUUAGCAGGAUCGCAAAGAAAAAUGUUUCCUUGACAACCACUUCAGCUGCAUCCGCUUGUUCGCCAUUUUUCGCGCGUCCCUGUUCUAGGCUAUGAACCCUGCAAUGGGGAAGGAUGAAUGGGAAAAGGUUAAAUAGUGAAAGACGACAGUGAAAUGGUAAACGGGGAGUGGGUAUGAAAAAUGACAAUAAAUAAUGGAAAAGGAGAGCGGAAAGGGAAAAAUAGGAACGCGGGACGGGGAACGGGGCAUGGGGCGAAACUACUUGUGAAGAAAGAAUAGGGAAAAGAGAGUUAAGAAUAGCGGAGGAGGGAAAGAAAGAACGGACUGAAGUGUGUGUAACAGGCUCCACGAACGAGGAGCAAGGAAUUUUUAAGUCAAUUGUUCAUUAUUUCAUUUCAGAAACAGCGGGAUGGGUAUGGUAUCCGUAGCAAGUCGUAUUGGGGCAGCCAGCUCUCCCUUUGUGGUGGAGAUGACUCGUAUUAACGCCAUUUUUCCUUUCGCCUUGAUGGGAAGCUUGUCAUUCAUUGCUGCAGUUUUUUGCUGGUUACUUCCGGAGACCCUUGGGAAACACACCGCCGAAGUUAUGGAAGACACCGAGAAACAACAGGGUACUGCUCAU